AUGCGCAAAUCCAAUAACUUCUGCGACGCCUCCCAGCAAGCAUACGGGGCUGUGUCCUACCUCAGGAUCACAAGUGGAGACGGAGCCCACUCUACCUCCUUUGUGUGUGGCAGAGCUAAGCUAGCUCCUCUGAAACAGCAAACCAUACCUCGGCUCGAGCUAUGUGCGGCAGUAUUAGCGGCCAAAGCAGACAAACAACUGAGAGAUGAACUAGAGUUGCAGAUCGACAGAUCAGUGUUCUGGACAGACAGCAUGGUCACCCUUCAAUACACACGAAACACUGAACGGCGUUUCCAUACCUUCGUGGCAAACCGGAUUGAAACGAUACAUGAGAAUUCCUACGCAGAACAAUGGCGACACGUAAGCUCCACCCAAAACCCGGCUGAUGAUGCUAGCCGUGGACUGCAUGGGACAGAAUUGAACAAGGACUGCAGAUGGAUUCAGGGACCCCCCUUUCUCCUGUUGGGAGAAAAUAAUUGUCCAAAGAAUCCAAAGACGAUUUCUAACCUUGCAGAUGGAGACCCGGAGGUAAAAGGAGAUGCAAAUGUACUGGCAACGGGCACUGACCAGGGGGAGAGUACCCUAAAAGGGCUGUCGGCAUGGUACUCCUCAUGGCAUCGGCUACUGAAAGGUGUGGCGUGGCUCAGGAGGUUCAUACAGUGGCGCUUCAGUUAUCCAAAAGAAGAACGUCACCAAAGGGAUCGACUGAAGAAUUGCGAGUUGGAUGAGGCAAGAUUAGCUGUCUUGCGACUGAUACAAAGGGAGGGAUUUCCCCACGAGAUGGACGCGCUGGAACGAGGACACUCCAUCAGGACUGGUGACGUAAGCAGACUGGAACCUUACCUGGCUGCAGACGGCCUGAUCAGGAGGUACAUUCGACCAGGGCUGGCCACUCAGGACGCGAGCACACUCUAG